AUGGGAAAGAUAUUACACUCCGCCAGUGUUCGGGGUGGUUUAAGAGUGCUGUGUAUGUAUUCCUCUUCAGGUUCCAUCUAUGAACCUCUUAAGCUGUCCAAUCUCCAGCGAGAGGAUGAACCUCUGUGGGAGAAGCUUGACCGCCACUACAGCGCGGUCAAGACAACCAUUCUGAACUACCAGAGUCCCACCACUGGCCUUUUCCCAGUAAAAACAUACUCCGACUGCAAGGAGGCAAAAGUCCGGGACUCCCUCUACUGCGCGGCUGGGGCCUGGGCCUUGGCUAUGGCUUACCGACGUAUUGACGACGAUCUGGGGCGGACUCAUGAAUUGGAGCAUUCCGCCAUCAAGUGCAUGAGAGGGAUCCUGUACUGUUACAUGAGACAAGCAGAUAAGGUGGAGGAGUUUAAAAAGGAUCCCAGCCCCUCGAAAUGUCUGCAUUCGGUGUUCAACGUCGACACCGGCGACGAGGUCUACGCCUACGGCGACUAUCACCACCUGCAGAUCGAUUCCGUCUCCCUGUUUCUGCUGUACCUGGUGGAGAUGAUCUGCUCUGGCCUCCAGAUCAUUUACAACACUGACGAGGUUUCCUUCAUCCAGAACCUGGUGUUCUGCGUGGAGAGGGCCUACCGAGUGCCCGACUAUGGCAUGUGGGAGCGGGGCAGCAAAUACAACAACGGCAGCACCGAGCUGCAUUCCAGUGUGCCUUAUCUCUUCAGUUCCGUAGGCCUGGCUAAAGCUGCUCUGGAGGCCAUAAACGGAUUCAACCUUUUUGGAAACCAGGGCUGCUCCUGGUCUGUGAUAUUUGUGGAUCUGGACGCCCACAACAGGAACCGGCAGACCCUCUGUUCCCUGCUGCCCAGAGAGUCUCGCUCUCAUAACACGGACGCGGCCCUGCUCCCAACCAUCAGCUACCCCGCCUUCGCCGUUGACGACGACGCCCUGUACAGUCAGACUCUGGACAAGAUUGUCCGAAAGCUGCGGGGCAAAUACGGCUUCAAGCGCUUCCUCCGCGACGGCUACCGCACUGCCAACGAGGACAAGAACCGCCGCUACUACAAACCCGCCGAAAUGAAGCUUUUUGAUGGAAUCGAGUGCGAGUUCCCCAUAUUUUUCAUCUACAUGAUGAUUGACGGGGUGUUCAGAGGGAAUAAGGCACAGGUCAAAGAGUACCAGGACCUCCUUGAACCCAUAAUCUUUCAGUCUUUUGAGGGCCAUGCUGUGAUCCCCAAAUACUACUAUGUACCGGCUGACUUUGUGGAGGCGGAACAGAGCAAACAUGGAAGCCAGAAGCGUUUCCCUAGCAACUCUGGCCGUGACGGGAAAUUAUUCCUAUGGGGUCAGGCCCUGUACAACAUUGCCAAGCUGCUAGCCGAUGAGCUGAUCAGUCCUAAAGACAUAGAUCCCAUCCAUCGCUACGUGCACCGGCAGGACCAGCGCAAUGUCAGCAUGCGAUACUCCAAUCAGGUAUGUGCAAGUAGACCAGUGUUCAUGGUUUUGAAGUAA